CCAGCAGUAACUUUGAGUGGCAGAGGCAGCUGCGUUACUACUGGGACUUGGAUCUAGAUAACUGUGUGGCCAGGAUGGCUCUGUCCACCUACAUCUAUGGAUAUGAAUACCUGGGGGCCUGCCUCCUCGUCAUCACCCCACUCACGGAUCGUUGCUACCUGUGUCUGAUGGGGGCUCUUCAGUUAGACCUUGGUGGGGCUCCAGCAGGACCAGCUGGUACAGGGAAGACGGAGACCACUAAGGACCUGGCCAAGGCUCUGUCCAUCCAGUGUGUGGUCUUCAACUGUUCUGAUGGACUGGACUACAAGAUGAUGGGGAAGUUCUUCAGUGGUCUGGCCCAAUCAGGGGCCUGGUGCUGUUUUGAUGAGUUUAACCGCAUCGACAUCGAGGUGCUGUCUGUCAUCGCCCAGCAACUCAUUACUAUCCGCAAUGCCAAGAUGGCCAAGCUGUCCAGGUUCAUGUUUGAGGGCAGAGAGAUCAAGCUGGUGAUGACAUGUGCUGCCUUCAUCACUAUGAACCCAGGCUACGCUGGACGCACUGAGCUCCCUGACAACCUCAAAGCCCUGUUCAGACCCAUAGCCAUGAUGGUGCCCAACUAUGCCCUGAUCGCUGAGGUGAUCCUCUACUCUGAGGGUUUUGAGUCCAGUAAGACUCUGGCCCGUAAGAUGACCCAGAUGUACAAGCUGUGUUCUGAGCAGCUUUCUCAACAGGACCACUACGACUUCGGCAUGAGGGCCGUCAAGUCUGUCCUCGURAUGGCAGGCUCUCUGAAGAGAGAGAACCCCCACCUGAGUGAAGACGUGGUUCUGAUCAGGGCUCUGAGAGACUCCAAUCUGCCCAAGUUCCUCACAGACGAUGCCGCGCUCUUUGGUGGCAUCAUGUCUGACCUGUUCCCUGGCGUGUCCAUCCCUGAACAUGACUACGGUGUUCUCCAAACCACCAUCCUGGAGUCUCUAGUGAAACGCAACCUGCAGCCCCUACCCAGCAUGACGCACAAGGUACUGACUGACCCUACCCAGCAUGACGCACAAGGUACUGGCAGCCCCUACCCAGCAUGA